AUGGCGGCCAUAAAACGACACCCCCUCUUAUCCUACCAACCCCUCAGGCUCUUCUUUCAAGUCUACGUUUCCGUCACAAUUCUCCUACGGUUACCUUACUAUGUGGUAACGUCGCUGUUCCCGCGGCUUCGUGCCAACCCAAAGUGGAAUGCCAAACAGAACUUCAUGACUCGCAUGGCGAAGCCAGUGCUAGGAGUCAUUUCUCGUGUUGGCAUCACAGAGAAGCUCGCCCUCACUCCUGGUAAAGAGGGAAGGAGAUUCGAACUAGUGCCUGUUCCAACUACUACGAAGAUUUACCAAGGUCCAUUGCUGUUGAAUCAGGUUCAACCUGCGCAAGUUGGAGGAACGUGGUAUCCUGAUAUUCCCGCAUCGCACUCGAUAUCUGGCAAUGUGGUUCUCUACCUCCACGGCGGCGCCUUUGUCCAAGGAGACGGUCGCACGAGUACGUGUGCCAAGAUCGCCGACUACUUCCUGACAAAGGGUACUGCCGAUCUGGUCUUCUCAUUGCAAUACCGUUUGUCGGGUUAUGGUGGCUUGAAUCCUUUCCCCGCUGCUCUGCAGGACGCAGUCGCCGCCUAUGUGUUUCUGAUUCGCGAACGGAAGAUAUCGCCACGACAAAUCAUCAUCUCUGGCGACAGUGCAGGCGGAAAUCUGGCGGCAGCUUUGAUACGGUACCUGAACGAUUAUGGGUCUGCCAUUGAUCUGCCGCUACCUAAGUGCGCCGUACUGUUCUCCCCUUGGGUCAAUCCUUUCGAACACGAGACGGAGGGCAAUCCGCAACGCGACACGGACUUUGUACCAGGGACAUAUGGAGCUUGGGGUUCGAGUGCAUACGCAGGUGCGCACGCCAACCCUUCUGAGAGUCCAUAUAUGGCGCAGCUAGGUCAUCCGUACUUGACACCUGUUCCCUGGUUUGUGAAUGUGGGAACAGAUGAAGUCCUGUUCCGACAGAUAGAGAAAUGGACCAAUGAGAUGAGAUCAGUCCAAGGUAAUAAGAUGGAAGUAAAUUAUGAGCAGCAUGCGGUACACGACACCUAUUUUGUUGGCCAUCUUUUCGGGUUUGAGGAGAGUGCUUGGGCUGUUGCAUCCAAAGUGGCUGAUUUUGUCGAAUCCCUCCCAAGUCCAGAGUAG